CUUUAAAUCGAAAUUUUAACAAAAAUAUUUUGUUUUAUUUUUUUCCAAAAACUUCAAUCAUGUUCUGCGAUUGGUUGUUUGAACUGCGGCGAUUCCUGCACUGGGGACCCGUGAUUGUGUUCAGUUUGAUGGCCGGUGUGACGGGGACAACCGUCUAUUUGAACGAAAUGUGGUGGCCCCCCCAGGAGUCGUUCUACGCGGCCAUCAACUUUGUUUCGAUUGUGUUCUUGAAUCUGAUCACCCUGUAUCACUUUGGCAUGUCGAUUGUGGUGGGACCCGGCCUGCUGCCAAAACACUGGCGCCCCAAUUACCCCGAGGAGGAGCAGUUUCUGCAGUACUGCAAGGUGUGCGAGGGAUACAAGGCGCCGCGGGCUCAUCACUGCCGCCGCUGCAAUCGAUGUGUGCUGCGGAUGGACCAUCACUGUCCGUGGAUCAACAACUGCAUCGGAUGGGCCAAUCAGGCGAAUUUCUUCUACUUCCUGUUCUUCUUCAUGCUCGGCAGCAUUCAGUCGGCCGUGAUCAUUGGCAGCUCCUUCUACGAUGGCAUCUAUCGCCGGGCAUAUCUGCAGCAGGGGGACAUUCGAGUCAUCUUUACCCUCCGCAGUGCCGUGGCAUGUGUCUACAGCCUGGGCGUUAUUGUGGGCGUAUUCCUGGCCACGUUGAAGCUCAUGCAAAUGCAGAUCAAGACGAUAAUGUGGAACUGCAACGAGAUCGAGUGCUGGAUUGUGAAGAAGGCCGAGUUUCGUCGCUACAUGAAUGGCUCGAAUGGCAGGCCCAUUCCCACAUUCGACUACCCAUACGAUCUGGGUGUGUGGCGGAACAUUUUGGAGUUUUUCAAUCCCAGCAGCGAUGGCAUCAACUGGCCCGUUCGCCCUGGCUCCGAUCAGUACACCAUGACACGCGAGCAGCUGGCCCAAAAGCUGGAGAAGCGGGCACGCACCCGCACCUACAAGUGCGUCGCACCGGCCACUGGGUACUGGCUGCCCAUUCUCUCCCAAGGCCUGAUGGUCACCGUGUGCCUGCCGUGUGCCGACGAUCCACGCAUUGUCCUGAAGAUUGGAGAUCUCGUGCACGUGACACGCAUUCAGGACUACUGGCUGUACGGCGAACGUGUGCUGUCCAAGAAGGAGCAGAAGCUGCAGAAGAAGCACCAGCUCAAAGGGCACAUACGCGGCUGGUUUCCGCGCUGCUGUGCCGUCGAGUCGCUUGAUGAUGAGGAGGUUGACCUGACUGUCGGAGACACUGGGCAAGUCCAUGAGCAGAAGAAGACCCAGGUAGGAUCCAAGGCCAAGAAGCGCUGUCGCAAGUGCUGCCACAACUAAAGUGUAUUUGGAGGU